AGUUGUCUAGUGCGGCGCAACAUCAUUAAUCCCGACUCUCAGUUGUGUGUGACUGGUUGCUGGAGUGUGGAAACAACAUAACAUUUGGUGGUGAGCUCGUCGCUCAUGCUUCUGGAGGCCCGUGAGCACGCCGCUCAUGCAUCUAUUUUGGUGGUGUAACAUUUAGGUGGUGUGGUAUGAAUGGAACAAUAGACUUAUAAAGACUAAAGUUUUAAUUGUUCAUAUGUUAGAUAAGGUCAAAGCACAUUCACCAUGGUGAAUGAAGACUAUAAUGUGAAUCUCGAUUUAAAUUCUCACGUGAAGACCUAUAAGCUGAAAGUAUCUAUCUAUCAAUCAGACAUGUGUAUCACGGUGUUCAUGUGGCAAUCUCAUCCAAAAUACCCUUUCCUCCUCUUACUCAACAGAGACGAAUUUCAUUCUCGGCCUACGGAUCCGUUGGCUUGGUGGGGUGGCGCCGAAACAAUAUUGGGCGGUAGGGAUGGACUCUGCGGCGGUACAUGGUUGGCUUCCACCAAAGAUGGUAAGGUUGCAUUUCUCACCAAUUUUAGAGAAGUACAAGAUAUUCCACAACCCAACACUAGAGGGGAUCUCCCACUUCGUUUUCUUCAGAGCAAUAAGAGUCCCCAGGAGUUUGCAGAGGAAGUGCUCAAAGAGGCUCAUCUAUACAACGGAUUUAACCUUGUAUUAGUUGAUAUUUGCACCUCCACCAUGGUUUAUGUCUUCAAUAGACCAAAAAGUGGUUAUCUUUCUGUUACCCCUGGAAUUCAUGUCUUGACUAAUGCAUCGUUGGACACUCCUUGGCCAAAGGCUGAACGGUUGCGCCAUAGUUUCAAAGAGCUUAUUGAUGAGUAUGGUGAAGGUGAAUUUCCAAUAAAAGAAAUGGUUGAGAAACUAAUGACAAACACAAUUAAAGAUGAUGAACAGUGCUUGUUACCAGGGAUUCGUCCUCCAGAAUUGGAAUUUCCAUUGAGUUCGAUAUUUGUUGACAUACAACUUCCCUUGGGGGCUUAUGGAACUAGAAGCUCCUCUGCUUUGUUUGUUACAUCAAACAAAGAAGUCACCUUCUAUGAGAAACAUCUGGACCAGAAGCAAUGGAAAGAGAACACGGUAACCUAUCAGAUCAGUGAGACAUAAAGAAUGUCAGGGAUGUGGUUUAAUACCGCUGCAAAAAGAAAAAUGUUUAAUUAGUUGGAUACUAUGGUUUAGCCACUCACUAGCACCUUGUCAAUAUGAAUAAAGGGGUUUUCCACACAAAUUUGAUUAACUAGUCCAGUCUUAUUCUGUUCAGUUUUGUUUGGAUUAGUUGGUUAUUUUUGUCAACUUGUUUGUAACAUUUUUCUCACUUGGAUUAUUUUGUUGUUGCUGACCUUUAUAAUGAUACCUGCAUCUUGGACUAGUUUACAGAAUAAGCACAAGCUCGUCAUAAGGCUGGCUUGCUUUUAUGAUGUAAUAUCAGUAUGAAUUUUAACUUUGUGCCGUCCAUAUAAAUAGAAGUUCAAUGUAUAACAUUUUUGUUUUCCUCUGGUAACAAUUAAAUUGAGAUGAAGAUUAUCA